GGCUUUGCCUACGGUGAGGCCCAGGAAAGUCUGGAAAUGGACGCUGCGCUGGAGCAGGGAGCUGGAGUUGGAGUAUCUGCGGGAAGCUGUAGAGCUGCAACAAAGGCAACCUCAAAAGUCAGUGCUGAGACUGCUGGAAAAGGCAGUAUGGAGUCUGGUGAACAGAAAAUGGCCGCUGAUGCUGAGGAGCCAGGUUGCUACAUUGCACUGGAAGUGGCUGAGAGUGCUCUCAGAGACAGCAUGGAGUUAAAGCAUUCUCCGAUGGAGGCAAGAAAUAAGAGGCCGGUGAAAGAGGGGAUAGUCGGAGCAGAGACUGUGCUACCAGGUGAGGGGGAGGCUGAAGUAGAGACUGCAGUGACCAGUAAUGGAGGGAUUGUGAUACAAACUGCAUUGCAAGGUGCUGGUGAUACUGGUGCAGAGACUAUAAAUAAAGGCAAAGCUGGAGCAGAGACUGUUAUAGAAUAUGAGAAGAUCAUUACAUCUCUAAGAGACAUAAAAUGUUUGGAGGGUAAACAGAUUUCUCUGACUAAAGGUAUUGACUCUCUGAUUCAACAGCUGAACCUGCUAACUGGGGAAAGCAGAGCCAAGGCUAUAAGGGAAUUGGCUUUUGUAAACAAGGAGUUGGAGGAGACUGACCUGCAAAUAAAAGACAUUUUAGACUAUACUGAGCCAUGGAAAGAACUCUAUGAUAAUAAAAAACGCUUUGAGGAGAUGCGGGAGGGUGGAAGAAAUGUUGCAUCUGUGAGAAUAAUGAAAGUUAUAGAGCUGCUAAAGAAAAAUGUUUCAAUGCAAAGUUCUCAUGCAAAUAGUUCUGUUUCUGUGGGUCAGUGUACAGGCUCAGGUGUGCUGAAUAAUCCACUAAAUGGCAGGGGGAGGGGCAGCUGGGAGUGAGUGGCAGCUGGGAGUGAGUGGCUGCAGGCAGGAGAGUGAGCAGCAAGGUGUUUCUCUGCCUGGGGGUCUCCGUGCAACUGCUCCAGAUUGGAUUUUCUUGAGCUUAUGGUUGAUGCACAAAGCAAUGAAGUCAAGUCAGUGCCAGAAGAGCAAACACAUAGAUAUAAAGAUUCAUUAAAGAGAAUCAAAAGAACCAGGACCCCUACAACUUUCUGCCUUUUGGAACUGGGCCCAGAAAGGGCAUUGGAAUGAGAUUUGCCUUAGUAAAUAUGAAACUGGCUCUCACCCUCUUGUUGCAGAAUUGCAGAUUUGAAACACGUAAAGACACUCUAGAGUGAGAAUCAGCGUUUGAAUGACAACUCUAAUACACCACUGGACAGCCAAAACUCUGUGGAUUCCAUUGUUGUGUUUCAGAGCAAAGGAGGAAACAACAGAGUACACAGCAGAAAGCUUUAUGUUCUACGCACAACUGUUAUCUCACUAUUACAGAUCAAUCGCACAUGGUAAAUGGAAUAAAGUGCAUGCAAAAUCCAUUGCUUGAAGGAGCAAAAAAUACAGAAAGUAAAUGUUCAUAUAGUUGUUCCCAGUCUUUAACAUUUCUAAAUCCUGUAGUAAAAUUACAUAACUGCAGCAACAUGAAGAGGCUUAUACGUUGCACAAAUCUGAGGGUAAGCAGUACCAAAACUGAGAAUACAUGUCCUUCAGCAACAGUAAAAGAACUUGAUCUUCAGAAACAAUUACCAUGUCCUGUUAACACUGUAAAUUCAAUUGUCAGUACAGAUUCUACUAUUGAAGGUAAUAAUUCCAAAAAACUGCAAUCUAUUACCAAUGGAUUGGCAAAUAGGAAAAUUAAAAGAAUAUUAAAGGUAAAGUGGGACUUUGGAAAAAAAACAAAGAAUUCUACAACAUGCCCUAAUGAACAUACCCAAGCUGAUUCUGCAGCGUCUGUCAAACAGAAAACUGAAGACUUAAAGCAUAGUUCUAAUUGUUCAAUCAACACAGAACCAUCAGAUCCUUGCAUUGGUACCUUGGAAAGGAAUAUUGAGGAGAUGAACAAUAAUAAAAGUGACUCUGUAAAUUGGAAUAUGAUGGAAACUCUUUAUGAUCAAAGCACAAGUCAAAACAAAAAUGAAAGUUAUGUUUGCCCUCCAGAAGUAUGCAGGACUACACAAUUACCACUUAUUGUAUCAAAGUAUAAAAGAAAUGAUAGGGAAUCCCUUGACUUGGAGUGUUCCGCACUUAUCAGAACGUCUGUAAAUGAGCCAGUGGUUGGUGGAUUUUCAGAAGAAGAUGUUAACUUUGUAAAUAAUCAUAUAAAUGAGAAUGUGGAGGAAUGCAAAACCUGUUCCUGUCAGAGAACUAUUCCGUUUACUGGAAAAACCAUAUGGAAAUGUUCUUGUGCAAGGACGUGUGUAUGGGCUUUCCCAAGGAAAAGAGCUUCUCCUUUAACAAGUACAGAUAUACUUGGACUUGACUCAGAAUGGUCUCUUACCCCUUAUCCCAGUGAUAUAAAUACUUUAUUUCAGAGUAAUGAAGCAGAAACAUUGCAGAGUAUAAUUGAUGAUACUGACAGUGAAGGGAUAUGUAAAAAACCAAAGUUAGAUUUUAUAUCAGAAAAAAACACUCUUGAUAUUAAAGGUAUUAAUAAUGAAGGGUUACCUCGCCAUCAUUCAGAAACUCCUGAACUACCAAAUACUGUAAUUGAGGAGGUAUUUAACAUCACUGAAAAUAUGCACUCGCUAGAUGAAGAAAACAUCUAUGAAAAUUUCGAUAGUUGGACAUGUAGUUCAACUAGUAUUCAAAAUACCAUUAAUAUUCUUACUCAACCACUUCUUGAUGAUGAAAAUGUUACCAGUUUAUCUUCUGCCACUUUUUCUGAAAUGGAACCUUUUUUACAAACAUUUGAUGACAUGGCACCGAGCAGUUCUUUUGAAAACUCUGAACCAAGUGUUUAUUCCAGUGCCAGCUCCAUGGAGCCUGAGUGUUUUCUCCUGUCAGAGACUGUGCAAAAAAGUAUACAUGUGUCUCCAAUACAUGAAUGUUUAGACAAUGAAAAAGAAAACCAUAAUGAUGAGGAAGAGUUAUCCUUUUUUGAUUGUAUGCAUGAAACUGCAAACGAUAACACUUGUCUAAGUGAGGAACAUUCCACCAAACAGCUUGAUAAUAUUGUUGACCCAUUAGAUGAUUCAAAUUCAAGUGAUUUGGCAUUAACGCGUGUCAAAUCUCCAAAGAAAAGCAAGCUCAUGGAAUUCAGAAGUAAUUCAGAUGUGAUGAAAGCUUAUGAAGAUGAUGUGCUGUUUAUAGAUGUUAUUCCAGAUGAUCCAGAUCUUUUUGGGAAUCUUAAAGAACCUUAUAAAAGUCCAGCUUAUAAUGCUGACAACAGUGAAACCAAUAAACAGAAUUAUCUGAGUGCAUUAAUGUGUAAUCUACUGGAACAGGAGAACGCACAAAUCAUUGAAAGCAAAAAUGAUGUCAUUACUGAGAAAAAUCAAGAAGAAAGAAGUACAUGUUUUGCGGAAGUAAUCACUGAUCAAGAAGUUAAAAAUGACCCACUGAUCAAACAUAACACUUUGGAAGAGAACAGUGAAGAUUUUUAUGAUGGUGAACAGUCUGAUUCUGAGGAGUUCAGAGAUCAUCUUGGCAUAGAUAGAGAGGUAAAAUAUGCUGAAAAGAAUUCAUCUGAAAGUGGAAGCAGCCUGAGUUUUGAGUCCUCGUCCAAGGAUGCCUCUCCAGGAUCAUCUCGUUCCCACAGCCGUCUCUGGAGAAGAGAUCCCUCACAUACCUUUAAGCCUCUGCAUUGGAUGAAUGAUUUCAGAUACUCUGGCAAACACAUUGUAAUGGCGGAUGUGCUUACUUCGGAUCAGAAAGGACCGUGGAAUCUAGAUGAUGCCUUUUACGAUUGUAAACCUAUACAGAAAACCCUCUUGCCUGUUUGGUACUGCAAAUAUUUUUUUAACACUUUCCGUGGAUGCAUGAAACCGAAUUGCUUGUACCAGCAUGUACCAUACCAAAGAGAUGAAAAGGUGUGCAUGGAAGUGAUUCAAAAACUUUUGAAUGAAAAUCACACAUCAUUAUUGAAACGUGCUGUUUGGAUAUUUACUAACUACUAUAGAAAGUAUGUUCCUGGUGUUCAUUACAACUGUAAUCUACUGACCAAAAUCCUCCACGCCUUAUAUGUUCGUCAAAUAUGGGGAGAUGUAUUUCAUUUGUUGGAAACGGGAGCGAAUGUCAAUAUAUUGCCCACCUCUGACAUGCUCAUCAAGUUAUUUGAAAAUAUUGCCAAUGCAGGAUUAACAACAGCAGUACCGAGUUUAAUGGAUGUAUUCUGCAAGCUUGUGGAAGCUGGAAUGAUGCUGAAGCCAGAGGAAAUUAACGUGUUAAUAACAGCAAUGAACCAUCUCCAGGCAUCGAAAAAUUACAUCAGCAUAAUAUUAGACAUAAAAACAAGAUUUGAUAUGCAACAUUCAAAAAAGAACUGGCUGUGUAACUUGAAAAUAGCAGUUGCAGAAGUUGGGCAUUGUAAAGAAAAAAAUGAUUGGAAGAAACUGGGAACAUUGUAUCUUAAUCUAUGUAAAGGUUGCGAGAAUGUGACCGACCUUAAAAAGUUUUCUAUUUGCAUUGUGGGGGCACUUCAGAAAGAGACAAAGGAUGAUAAAUCUGAAGUUCCAUAUUGGGACUUUGCAGACACAGUGUACAGAGAUGCCCAACUAAGUGAAAUUGACAAAAACAUUUUGGGAAGAAUAGGAAUCUCCAUCAUGUAUCACUAUUCCAGAAAUAAACAUUGGCAAAAGGGAAAGAAAGUUCUCCGAAAACUUCAGGAAAUGCAGAUUAAUUUCACAGUCCUCAAUGGACUCACAGGGGAUGAGAGUAAAGCUACGCGCUGUCAAGUUGUAAACACAGCUGUAGAGAUCUUCUUAAACUGUGAACACUUAAAUGAUGCACUGGCGGUUUUGCGAGAGUCAGAAUGGAUUAUUAACACACAAAUGUGGCCCUGUGAAAGGAUGGAUGUGCUGAAUCGCCAUAACCUGCUGUGUACAAUUGCAUAUGAAACGCUGAAUAAAAACAAGUUUGAUGUGUGUCUGGAGGUCCUUCAAAAUCUGCCAGGAUUGCAGUGCUCAUUGACGGAUGUGGAUGUCUCUCAGUACAGCUUGCUUUUUAGCAAACUUUUGGGAUCCUGCAUAGAAAAUAAUACACUUGGUGUAUCCUCAAAUGUGAUAGAUUUUAUGGUUGCAAAAAAAAUACCGGUUGACUUUUUCUUACUCAGAGCAUUAAUCACAUCCUUGGGACGAAGUUGUCUAUGGCUCCGAGCAAGAGAACUUUAUAAAUGUGCAAUAUCAUUGGGUUGCUACCCGCCCAUGGAAGGAAAUCUUUAUCGUAAAGUGCUUUUCAUCCCCUGUUUCCUUUCUGAGAUAGAGAUGUUAUUAUCCAUUGAAAUUUUCAUGGUAUCGAAUGCCAGCAGCAUUCAGUCACCAGGAGGCAGCAAUCAGAUUCUGCAAAUCAUCCUGAAAAGAUGUGAAGAAGAGCGAGUUCAGCAUAAAGAUUAUCCCAGAUGUAAAGAUGGCUAUCAAGAUGCAGUGAAUCGGCUGGUUCAGGCCACUAGGUUCUCAACACCAAGACUCUGCAUAAAGCAAAUGACUGUCAAUAAUGCAAACGAACAGGUUUACAUCCUUGACUAUACCUGCUCUCUCAAAUGGUUGCAUGAAAACAUGAAAUGGGCUGGGAAAGUAUGGCUUUUUCAGUAAAUUCUAGUUUAAGGAAAAAUCUAACUUGAUAUUAGUAGGGAUUAUCUUUCAUCAACUAUUUUUUUCCUAAAAUAAGUUCAAUUUGAGGGUAUAGGUUAAUAGUUUGUACACACACACAUAGUUCAAAUCUGCAUAUUUGUAUAUGAGUUGGAGAUACUUAUCCUUUUGUUUGAGCAUUACUUGUUGUCUGUAACAGAAGUAUAUGCUGUUUGUCAAAAUCUCUUGAUAAAUGCAAAUUGUGUGCCCUCCAAUUAACUUUCUGAUGAAGAUAAAACAAUUUGAAUAUAACCCCUUCUGAUCUGGGACAUUUUUCCUGUAAUAGAUGUAUCUUUGAGAAACAUCUUUGGCUCUUAAAAUAAUUGACAAUAAGUAAUAAAUAAUGUAA